AUGUCGAUCCCCAAUAUACUCAAAAACUCCGAAGCGUUUACUGGAAAUGCAGCUCAGAGGUUCCUUUUUUCAUCUUCUGACGGCACAAAGAUUGUAUCAAUCGCUGACCGUGGGCAUCUCCGUUGGUGCCAUAGCACUUCUACAACUUAUAAAAGCUUAGAUUUUGAUUUGCAAUUUGAAGGUAAAGUGGAGGGUGCGGUUUCAAGUACAACAGCCGAUUACGUAUGUAUCUACAAUCGAGAUGAGCUGCAUGUGUUGGAAGUUCCAUGGAUGUAUUCUGGAGAGGAGAAUGGCCUAAAACAUCUUUGCCACAUUUACAGCCACAAAUUUGAUGAAAAUCAUAGUAUUAAACAAGUUUUAUUUCACCCUAAGAGCUAUCUGGAUUCUACUAUACUUGUUCUGACGAAUGACGAUAGUAUUUUCAUGAUAAACACAGACGAUAAUAGAUCUGACAAGAAUAUGAUUAAUCUUAAUAGCAAGAACUCUGCCCUCGGGCUAUACGAUCGAAUCAACGAUAUCCAAAAGAUUAUUUUCUCACAGGAUGGCUUGUCUUUGCUCAUACUUAGUGCUGAGGAAGGUUGUGAUAUAUUUACCAUUUAUCCGUGCCUUCCAAGACGGUGGGAUAUCUCUCUACAUGAAGUAGACACAUUAUUUGCGAAAUCAUUGCUUCUUUAUAACAACAUGAAUGUAAACACAACACCGCAGGAAAAAAGAAAUAUUGUCAAGCAGCUUAAUUUCAUGGAGAAAAUCAGAGGUCAAAAGACUGCCUUCAGGAAUGAUAAAAAACCUUUAAUACUUGAGGAUGCUUACCUUAAUGCACAACCCCAAGGGCCAUUUUCUAUGACACCUUAUCCUAAUGAACUAUAUGAUUUCAUGGCAACAGAUAUCAAUAUCAUUCAAAUUACACAAAACAUAUCCUUACUAGCAAUUGCGUUUAGUAAUGGAACUGUUCUUUUAUUUCUUUCAGAUUUAGAACCUAUUAUGAGUUGGGAUAUUUCUAGAUUUCCCGGAAGCAACUCAUUGGCACUUUUGGAACAGAUAAAGCUCGAAAUAACAGAUAAUGCAAAGUUUUUAUCGAUUCCAGGAACCUAUGGUAAAUUUGUGGUCACUGACAAUGUUAAGUCGAAUUUCUUUGUUAACACUUGUGAUUGGUCUACAAUUCUGGCUCAAAUAAUUGAUGAUUCUGAUAUUAAACUAUUAGCAAACUUAAAGGUUAAAUCAAAUAUUGAAAACCUUCAACAAUUAGCUACUACCUUUAAAAGCAUAAUAUACUGGAAAAAUGAAAACAUCUCAUGCAAUUAUAUUAUUAGUGAUAAAAAAAUUGAGGAGUUGGACAUGCUUGAUGGAAUUUCAAGUACAACGAAACACAAAUUAAUUGAUCAAUCCAAUAGUCAGGUGGAAAGUAAACUUGACUUACCGGAAUUAAAAAACGGUCUUUAUGAAGUUAAAUUUGCAAGACCAUUGACAGAAAUACAACAUUAUGAGCAAAUAUACUAUAAGAAUCUUCAAAAUCAAAAUUUUACAAAAAUACCGCUUGAAAUAAGAAGUGCACCACUGAAAAACUCAAGUAACGAAAAUCAAUUAGAAUCAUUGACCAAAAUUUCUGAAAGUUAUAUGAAAAUGAUAUCAAUGGCUCAGACGCUCGGUUACAUAUAUAGGAAAAGAAUGAUUGACUCUAUUGAGGAAUUCAGCAGGCAAAUCGAGACGACCUAUCAAAUAAAUAAGUUUUGGGAUAAUUUUGAACAAAUAAGAGAGGUCCAAAAUACUAAGAUCGAUAAGGUAAAAGAAAAACAACAAAAACUAAUGGAAAGACUAUCAUCAUUAUACGAUAAGGUUGAAGGGCAAAAGGAAAUGGGAUCGAUGAAUAACUCUAAUAUUUCAGCUGCUGAAAGUGAGUGGUUUGCUGAGAUUAAAAGGUCGGUUAUCGAGUUUAACAGUUAUGUUAGGAAGGCCUCGACUAAUCAUCAAGAGUUGGAAUUCAUAAAAGAGCAACAGGCUCAAAUAGCUAAUCAAAAACCAGACAUAAGCUCGGAAAAUGGCAAAGAAUGGAAUGAUCUUCAACAGCUUCUGCGAACAGACUUGAAAAUAAUUUCUGAAUUUGAGAAAAAAUGCGACACUGCGGUAAACGGUAUUAACCAACUUAAAAUAUAA